ACCCCGAUAGUUGGUGCAGCCAUGCUCCAUGACCUGUGGUCGCGGAGUGCCCACGCUGGCCUGCGGGCUGUGUCUGUGCCUCUACCACCCCGCGUGCGCCGGCCUCACGGCCCCUAGACCAGAGGGGACCUUCUUCUGCAAGAACUGCCGCAAGUCCAGCUCGCCGUCAUCAUCCCCGCCGCCGCUGACGCACAAGUCCGGGCUGACGUCGCUGGUGGCGCCGAGCGCGCGCCGCGCCGCCCCGCCCCUGCCCGUGCCCGCGCUGGUGCCCAAGCCCCGCCCCGCCCCCGCCCCCUCCGCCCCCUCCGCGCAGCCGGCAGACAAGCGAGUCACGCUGAGAAUGAAGAUGGCAGGCGGGCCGGACGGCGCUCGCGUAUGGGCGGUGUCACCUGCGCGUGGCUCGCUGCCUCAGUCGCUGGCCGUACUCAACGGUCGCCGCUUCAUCGUGGUGCCGCGCGCUAUAGUGCAGUCUGCUCCAUAACAACUGGGUGUGAACGAGACGGGUAGCACCACGCUGCAAACUGUAUAAUCACAAUUAACUUUACAAUAAGAUCGACUAUGAUAAUAUUGAAUACAGAAUUUUAUGAAAUAGAUCAAUGC